AUGCCGGUAAAGAGGAGAGAGAAAAAGAUAACACUGGUGGAGGAGAGAGAGAGAGAAAAGAUAACACUGGAGGAGGAGAGAGAGAGAAAAAAAGAUAACACUGGAGAAGGAAAAAAGAUAACACUGGAGGAGAGAAAAAGAUAACACUGGAGGAGGAGAGAGAAAAAGAUAACACUGGAGGAGGAGGAGGAGGGAGAGAAAAAACGAUAA